UUGACGCUCCGAAACUGCGCUCAACAUCAAAUCAUCAGUUCCCGUUCUAAAUAAACCAUACAAUUUACGAACCGUAAUCGGCGCCAAAUAAUUCCAGGACAUCCGAUACACACAAUUCCACAUGCAUCCCAAAAUUCGACGUGUCAAAAUUAACCUUCAAUUCAUACAUCGAUUAACCUGCAGCAGCAAAUUUUGAAUGCUGCGAGCACAACUGUAUAGCACAUAAACAACUUAAAGUUACGUAAUAAUAUGAAAAAAAAUGCAAAGUCCGGCCUCGUCGGAAGAAAUUCUGGCGUCGACCAAGUUCGCGAAUAUAAAUCGACUUCCUAGCCACGCGGCGCACAGGACCAGCCAGAAUUCGAACUCGACUCGCACGCGAACGAUUUCGCGCGACACGGAUUUCGCCGCACAUUCAACGCAUCAAACGUCUAGGGAACAUGGGGAUUCGAAACAGAACAAAGCUCGCGCAAGCACCCCUCGGAGCCGUCGAAAUGAACAGAAAUCUGAGAAUCCGGUGACGAGAUGUUUCCGUUGGUCGACUCAGUGUUGCAGGGCGCCGCAACGUAAAAAAGCUGGCAAACGUACGAAAGGUUUUUGGGGGAGUCUGAAGGAGAAGAUGAAGAGGAGCAGCAAGAAAAAGAAGCCGACUUCUGAAUCAGAAUUACAGGAGCGAGCAAAAGCCGACCAAGUCAGUACUUCGACCGUGGAAUAUCCGGAAUCGAGCGAGACCGUGUACGAAAGAUCCAAGAAGCAUAAGAGAACGAGCGAUGCUGCCGAUAGCGUAGACACUGCCCGUCCCGCAGAUGCUCCGCAAGUACGUCUUGCACAAAUUCCGCACGAUGCACAAGCUGCAGAAGAUGCAGAUGCUGCGCGUGCUGCAGAUCCGAGAGUGAAGGACAUUCUGGAGAAAGGGUAUCUCGAUUUCACAAAAAGUUGUUGUUACAUGUGUGCCAAUGCGAUGGUACUUGUUGGUGCGAUGCCUGGCACAGCUGAGAAAUUACACGUGUCGAUCCAAGCUUCAGGUACCCUCACGGAGAAAGCUGAUAAAAGCACCAGCCCGAUGUCAUACGUCAGAACGGUGCAAUCCUCUGUCAGAGUGAAGGUGCGUAACAUCGGUACCGACUACUCGAAAGUGAAGAAACCCUCGAGACCUAAGUUGACGUUGAAGGAUUUCAAGGACGCGGUUUCGCAAAAAUUGCCGAAAAUACCGAAAAUGCCGAAACUGAUGAAGGCGAGAACGCCGAAGGAGCUGCGUGGAGAAAAAGCUUCAAAGAGACCACCGACGCGAACCGUUGCUUGUGGAACAAAUACGUCGUCGAAACAAACUAAUACCCCGCAAUGCAUGGCGGGCCGUGCGACUCAAUGUGUCAGGGAAAAGAAGUAAUAUUUCUGUAUAUAAUGAGUCGAAACAUGA